UAGGCGUGGAGGAGUUUUAAUUGGAGUUGCUCAAUUUACCCAUACCACAGGAUCAACACCUCACGUAAAAGUUGCAGCUCAACUUGAAGGACAAUUGGGUCAUUGUCCAUCGUAUUAUGAACUGUUCAAGCAUACACAUACCAAACAACAUGAUGGGCAAACAUUCAUAGCUGAAAAAGCCAAACAAAUUCAUGAACAAGUUGAAUCGCAAUGGGAGAUGUUGGCAGAAAAUGGGGAGCAGGUGGAUGACAAUCAAUUAUACUAUGACGCGGUUGGUGGACACGAUAAGAAAAGAAGAGGUUAUGGACUUGGUUCAUAUGGUUGUUCUGUUGUUCAUGGUCCAACUAGUGAUAACACUUCUGGCAAUAUGACACCAACAUCGCGACCACCCGACAAUGCUACUUCUACUUCUGCAAAUGUACAACAUGAAAUUCAGAGUUUGAAGGAAACUAUUCUCCUUAUGCAACAACGACUUGAUGCUAUUGAUGGCGAGAGAGUGGGUACUUCAUCAUCACCUCCAUCUCAAAUCAAUUGAUUUUAAUGG